CCCCGCCGGCCCGCCACCCGGCCCGCCAGCCGCCUCCCGGUCCCUCCCCGCGCGAACUCUCCGCGCGCCCUCGCCGGCCGCGGGCGGAGCUCGAUCGGUCGCACCGGGAGCUCCGGGCCCCCGCCCCUGCCCCUCCCUCCCGGAGCCCCCAGCGGCCGCCGCCGUAGAGCCCCGCGCGGCGCGAGCAGCUGCCAAGGGGCCAAGGGAUGAGCGGGGGCCCUCCUUCCUAAUGGCAUCUCCCCCCGGUCUGGAACUGAAGACACUGCGUAAUGGCCCCCAGAUCCCAAGGAGACCCGCUCCUCUGGGCCCAGUGGCUCCGCCCCGGGAAGGUGUGGAGAACGUCUGCUUUUCCUCAGAGGAGCAUGAGACCCAUUUCCAGAACCCUGGGGACACCAGACUGGGCCAGUCCCCUAGCCCCCCGGGGGGCAUCCCCUCACAGCCCCGAUCCCAGCGGGACGAUCUAUCCCUGCGAUCAGAAGAGGGGCCCGGCCUAGAGCCCGUGAGCCGCCCAGUGGAUUAUGGCUUCGUCUCUGCUCUGGUUUUCCUGGUGAGCGGGAUCCUCCUGGUGGUGACAGCAUACGCCAUCCCCCGGGAGGCCCGUGUCAACCCUGACACGGUGACAGCGCGGGAGAUGGAACGCCUGGAGACGUACUAUGCCCGCCUGGGCUCCCACCUGGACAGGUGCAUCAUCGCGGGCCUGGGGCUGCUCACAGUGGGCGGCAUGCUUUUGUCAGUCCUGCUGAUGGUCUCCCUGUGCAAGGGUGAGCUGUACCGCCGGCCCACCUUCGUCCCCGGCAGGGGCUCCGGGAAGACCUACGGCUCUAUUAACCUGCGCAUGAGACAGCUCAAUGGGGAGGGUGGCCAGGCUCUGGUGGAGAACGAAGUCGUCCAGGUCUCGGAGAGCAGCCACACCUUUCAGGGGUCUUAAGGAAGAGUUCACCCUGUCUGGCUGCUUCGGCUGCAGGGUGACAAGCUUCCUCCCGGCCGCCGCCCCGAGUCUGGCGUUGCAGACUGAGCUCCAUGGAGGGCCCUGCAGAAGGAGCCUUGGGUGCUGGUGGGGGUGGGGGGAGUCCUGGGGUCAGGACCGGGCUGCACGUGCCAGAGUGGCCCCCUGAUCUGUUUGCAGCUUGAGGUUUUGCAUAAGGUCUGU